GGCACAGUCAACUUAGUGUUUGUAAACUUCUGACCCACUGGAAUUGUGAUACAGUGAGUUAUAAGUGAAAUAAUCUGUCUGUAAACAAUUGUUGGAAAAAUUACUUUUGUCAUGCACAAAGUAGAUGUCCAGACCGACUUGCCAAAACUAUACUUUGUUAACAAGACAUUUGUGGAGUGGUUGAAAAAUUAGUUUUAAUGACUUCAACCUAAGUGUGUGUAACCUAUCGACUUUAACUGGGACACUGUACAGAUUAUGCAAAGAGAGAAAAACCUGCUGGAGAAGGGGUCUAGAGAGCUUCCUCAUGAAGGCUACCGUGGAAACAGCGUCUUCAUGGAUGAGCAGGAGUAGAAGUUGUCAGAGGGCAGCUGAUUUACAUUAUGGAUUAUCUCCCCAUGAGGUCCAGGAAAUUUGGUUCAGACUGAUUCUCGUCUUACAUAAAGUGGCACCCUACUCUGAAGCAACUAGUUGGACACGGGGCACACGUUUCAACAGAACAUGUGGAAGAGUUUUUCAGCAAACUAGGAGAGGUGAUAAAUAACUACAGCUUUGAUGGCAAUGACAUAUGGAAUGUUGAUGAGACAGGAAUAACCAAAAUGCAAACAUCUGAUGAAGUGGAUGCGAAACGUGAUACCAAACCGUUUGGAGCAAUCACCUCAGCAGAAAGGGGUACACUCGUGUCAAUGGCAUGUGCUAUAAAUGCAAUGGGAAACUCAAUCCCCCCCAACUUUUGUUUUCCUACGCAAAAGGCCACUUUGUAUGGAAUGAACCAAUUGGAUGUGUUGGAAGUGGAAAUGGAUCUGGCUGGAUGCAGGAAGAUGACUUCUUCAUUUUCCUUGAACACGCAAAACAUACCAAGGUCAGCCUGGAAAGGAAGGAGGUCCUUCACCUUGACAACCACAGAUCACACCUGUCAAUCAGCUCCAUUGACUUCUGUAGGCGCUCUGGCAUAGUCUUGCUUUCUUUCCCCCAACACCGUUCACACAAGCUCCAGCCCCUGGACAGGAGUGUGUACGGGCCAUUGAAAAAAAUGAUGAACUCUGCCAGUGAUGCCUGGAUGAGGGUGAACUCCAGAAAGGCCAUGACCAUAUAUGACAUUCCAGGACUUCCAGGUGCCACAACACCCACCAAUAUACAGGCUGGGUUCAGGUUCACUGGCAUUUGGCCAUACAACCUUGAUAUAUUUCAGGAAUGUGACUUUGCACCCUCACUUGUCACUGAUCAUCCUGCUCCAGCUGACACAAUGGCUUUGCCAGCUGCCUCCCAGGUCACCUCUUCAGCCACCUCUCAGGCCACUGUGCCCAAUACUGUCCAGCCCACCUCUCCAGCUGCCUCCCAGGCCUCCUCUCCAGCUGCCUUCUAGCCCACCUCUCCAGCUGCCUUCCAGGCCACCUCUUCAUCUGCCUUCCAGGCCACUCCUCCAGCCACUUCACAGGGCACCUUCCUACAUGUAUCAGGUUGUCGAUGGGAAACACCUGAUUACUCUUCUAAUUUCAACCCAGUUGAUGUAUGGACAAAAUCAGGGCCCAGGAAAAGGGGUAGGAAGAGGAGAAAAGCUGUGAUUUUGACGAAUACACUCAUCAAGCAGGCACUGGAAGAAGAGCAUAGAGCACACACACACAAACACACACACACCACAAACGUUCAGGUGUUUAGUUUAGCCUAGUUGUUGUUUGGUUGGGAAAGACCAUUUAGCGGAGGGUAAAAUAGUAAACAUUUUAUUAUUUAUAUUUAUUAUUAUUUCUGCCAAACAAAAUGUUGAACAUGGCAAUGUUGCACUCAUGGUCUCAAUAAAGGCAUUCAAUAAUUA